GCAAAUGGAUUGAGGUCCUGUAGAGACUUUUUCUGGUCUGUUGUGUUGCAAUUUUUUGUAUUCUGAUAGAAAACACAAUUUCCCAAAAAAGUAGGAAUUAGACAGCUUUAACAUUAUUAUCUCUGAUGUUCUAGUCCAGCAGUCUCUGGGGAAGCCUGGUGUUGUAGUUGUGUGUUUGCUGGGUCAUCUGUUGCACCAACAGGAGGCCUAAACAAAAGCAACAUGUAAACAAAAGUAAAAACCUUAUUGUUUUUGCCUUUUUGCAUAUUGCCUUUUAGAAUGAAACCUGUCAACCAUGGUGCUAAGAGGAAUAAAUACAUCUAAUCUAUCAGAGGAAAUUGAGGGGUCUUGAUUUUGAGAUAAAGUGAUUGUCAGGGAACAGUCCCAAUUUGCAACUUUGUCACAGUUCCUGGUUUUGGUGGCUGUGGCACACUCCUUCAAGGCUGAGCAUGUCCUGCUUUGAAACACCUGUCAAAGUCCCAUUUUCAAUUAAAAUAAAAGUGAGCUGGGUAGUUUCGUGAAGGAUAUAACUUUAUUUUUCUAUGAAUGAGAUGUUAUUCAGCAGGUUAAGGUGGACUCACUGGAAAUUGAGGGAGUUGUACCCCCGUCGUUGGUGUUGCGUGUUGCAGCACCCCCUCUAGAGUAGCUCUUGGAGCCUGUAUCUGCUGAUGCAUGUGGCAGGCUGUUUCUUGCUUCUUUUGCCCUGCUACUCAGAUUUAAAUCUGGUCAAAGAGAAUUCUGUUACGUAGUGGAGAACAAUAUUUUUCAGUUUAGCAAGGAUACUGUUGCAUACUCUUAAGUACCAAUAUUUUUGUGAUACUUUAUACUAAAUUUCUAAGUGAUAAUUCAAGAUGUUGAUAUGUCAAGAUGGAAACUAGUUUCCUUUCAACUUUAAUAAACAAUUUACAAAAAUUAUAAAAAUUACCUUGUCUCCUAAGUUCUAUGUUGUCGAGGUUGGACAAAGAAUUGACUCUUCAGUACUAUUCACGCUGUGAGAGGACCUGUACAAUUAAUGUUUUGGGGUGUUUUUUUCCUGUGUGGAGAAAUGACAGACUAGCUAAGUUUUUAAAAUAGCUUUACUUUUAGAACUAGAUUUCCUAAAAUCAUGGUUGUUCCCAAUACAGUUUUGUGACUUGACUUGUAGAAGAAAUUGUAUGUGAAGAUAUUUAAUGAUUAAACUUUGAUAUGUUGUAUGAGUCUCAAAAAAAGCUUUAAAAAUUAUCUUUUUAAAACUCUUCUGUUAAGAUUUAGCCUCUUUAGAAACUAUUACAUAGAUGAAAAAUUACAUAAACUUUUUUUUUCUUUCAUAGACAAUGAUUUGCAAGGAACAAAUAGUUCAGGAUCAUUGGGUGGUCUUGAUGUUCGUAGAAGAAUCCCUAUAAAGCUUAUCUCAAAACAGACCAAUAAAACCAAACCUGCACCUCGAACUCCAAGAAAUAUGAACAGGAUGCCUUCAAAGACACAAGCUGGUGAUGAAGAAGAAUUUGAUUAUAACGAAGAGGAGCGAUACGAAUGCAAAGGAGGUGAAAUGUUUGGCAAUCAAAGGAGAUUCCCUGGACCCAUUUUUUGGGACUAUAAGAUAAACUUGCUGGGGGAAAAGGAUGAUACACCGGUCCAUUUCUGUGAUAAGUGUGGAUUGCCCAUCAAAAUGUAUGGACGCAUGAUACCUUGCAAGCAUGUUUUCUGCUAUGACUGUGCUAUACUACAUGAGAAAAAAGGAGACAAGAUGUGUCCAGGCUGUAAUGAACCUGUGCAGCGAAUCGAGCAGUGUGUCCGAGGGUCUCUCUUCAUGUGUAGCAUUGUUCAGGGCUGCAAGAGAACUUACCUGUCGCAGAGGGACUUACAAGCUCACAUCAACCACCGCCACAUGAGAGCUGGGAAGCCUGUUACUCGUCCUCCCAUUGAGCCUGUACAUCCUCCUAUUGCUCCGCCGCCUGCCGAAAUCCCUGAGCGUUUCAUAAUGCCACCAGAGAAACAUCAUAUGAGCCACAUUCCGCCAAAGCAACACAUCAUGAUGCCACCACCUCCUUUACAGCAUGUGCCACACGAGCAUUAUAACCAGCCACACGAAGACAUCCGUGCGCCUCCUGCAGAGCUGUCGAUGGCUCCGCCGCCACCUCGCCCAGUCAGCCAGGACACCUUCCGCAUUUCAACCAGAAAACACAGCAACUUAAUAACUGUCCCCAUUCAGGAUGAUUCAAAUUCAGGUGCUCGAGAACCACCUCCGCCAGCCCCCGCACCUGCUCACCAUCAUCCUGAGUACCAGGGUCAACCAGUGGUAUCGCACCCUCAUCAUAUUAUGCCUCCACAGCAACAUUAUGCACCGCCCCCACCACCACCUCCACCAAUAAGCCACCCACUGCAGCAUCCUCCCCAGGCAGCAGGUACUCCUCACAUGGUAUAUAGCCAAGCUCCUCCACCACCAAUGACCUCUGCUCCUCCUCCAAUAACCCCUCCACCUGGACAUAUAAUUGCCCAGAUGCCACCAUAUAUGAAUCAUCCUCCUCCAGGACCUCCCCCUCCUCAGCACGGGGGCCCCCCCGUAAAUGUAAAUGCACCCCCUCCCCAUCACUAUAAUCCUAACUCUUUGCCACAGUUCAGUGAAGAUCAAGGAACUCUUAGUCCCCCUUUCACACAGCCUGGGGGAAUGAGUCCAGGGAUAUGGCCAGCUCCAAGGGGGCCGCCUCCACCUCCAAGGAUGCAAGGGCCUCCUGCUCAGGCCCCGCUUCCUGGACCACACCACCCUGAUCAAGCCAGGUACAGACCCUAUUACCAAUGAUACGAGCAAUUGUAUGAAUAGAGAGUGCUAUGAAGAGGAUAAAACUAUAUACGACAACCUUUUAAUUAAUUGUUUCGGGAUUAUUUUGUUGUGUUUUUUUUUAAAUACUGUCAUUUUGACUGUAAGACAUUUUGGGGGUUGAAUCUUAAAUGAUUUUUAAGCCUUGGCUGUAGGACUCUGACUUCAAAUAUUCUGUAGUGCUAAAAUGAGUGGCUUAGUAGACCACAGUUGCAUUUUAACAGAACUUCUGUCUCUAGUGUGGCUGAAUUGUCUUAAGAUGAACACUUGUAAUAUUAUUUCCUGGAGAACAUGAACACGUGUUGUACCAUUCUGAAUAUUUUUGUUAAAUCCAGUGUUUAGUUUCACUUGUGAUACGUUUUUGUUAACCUGUGUACAAUAAUUAAAUUGAAAUAUGGUUGUAAAAGUGGUGGGUUUUUAUAUGAAGUUAACACAGACAUAGUUCUGGAUCACCAUUUCGGCACUGACACUUUCCGAAUGGGCAGCAUAAUGAAAUAUUAAGGGAACUUUAAUAUUUCUCCUACUAACAAUUACCAUAACUUAUGAUUAAUUCAGCCUAUGGUGAAAUCGUGGCACUAGAAAUCAGACGUGCAGAAUACUGCGUUUUGGCUUUUUCUUUCUUUUUUUUUUUCCUUUAAAUUCAUGCAGUGAGAUAAAUCUAUCAAAUAUAGCUUUGGGCAUGACGUGAAACCAUGUAUUGAGGGUUUUGGUGGGGGUUGGUUGGUUUGGUUUUGGUUGGGUUUUUGGGUUGGUUGGUUUGUUUUAAAGCUAGUUUUAGUUCAGAAGGUUCUGUUUACAUGUACACUACUCACGAGUUAACUGUGUUUAUCUAUGGCGUGGAAGUGGCUGUGAAUUGGCUUGCCAUGUCUGUGAGAAGCAGAUUAUUUUUGGUAGAGAAAUGGUAUUUGCCUCUGUCACUUCAUAUAAUGUACAGUAGGAAAACAUCCCAUUUAGAUAACCUGAAAGAAUUGGUCUGAAACCCCGUAUGUAGAUGUAAAGGAAUAAAAAAGCUACAUGUCAUUUAUCUGUUUAAAUUCUGUGAUACAGAUUUAAUUAAACAGACAAUAUUUAGGUAUUUUGUUUUGCUUUUUUUAAAAAAGUAGCAAUGUUAACAGGCCCUCAGGUCUGUUUUGGCCCAAAAUUUAUGUUUUAUGAGCAUACUUUUUUGAAAGAGAAAUGUAAUAAAUAUAAAAUGAGAAUGUUCUAUUUUAGUGCAGCUGGUCGCAGAACUGGACAAUAAUAAGACAAUGCUGUCUGUUGUUCAGAGUGCUUCUCUUUGCAGUUCUAAUCACUGUUAGUGCUGAACGCUUGUUUUUUCAAAAUGCCACAUUUCUAGCAGUGGUGCUUUUAGAUGAAGAAAUCUUGUGGUUUUUUCCAAGGUUUGCAAUUUCCUACUGUUCUUGAAUAAUCUGAACCAUUUUAAAGUCUCAGUGUUACUAUUUAUUUUGUAAACUUUUUUCCCUGAUAAAUUUAUGAAAGAGCUUUGGCAGUGUGACAUUCCAAUUUUUUUAAUUUUACAUGUAAGCCGCAUAAUUUUAAUUAACACUGCAGGGGCUCUUUAAAUUUAUUCUCUGUCCUUGACUGCUGUUGAUUUCCUUGUGACCAUGGGCAAAUCUUUUAGAUUACCUUUCAAAUAAACACUUCUUUAGAGAAGUGCAAAUAAAUUCGGGGGUAUACAAAUUGCUAGUAAGUGUCAAUUGGGUCAAAGUCUGCUUAGCUGUAAUAUGCGUCUUUCUAAGACACGGUUCUUUGGUUUGCUUUCUCUGAAAAAUAAAUCCUUUUAAAUCACACUGGUGAAGAAGAGGCUGAUUGUGAUAGUGUGUUAUGGUAUGAGGUUGGUUGAAAAGUAAAUGUUUCAGUGUCAAUGAGGGUGAACAUGACUCUCCCGGCGUUAUUUUGUUUCAGUAACUUACAAUAAACACAUGAGGAACGUUUAAA